AUGUAUGUUGCACAUGUGACAAUUCAUAUUUCACUGUUCUCAGCUGCGAGCGAUGAAGGAUUGAUUUACCGGGUUGUGCGUAUGUAUGUAUGCAUGUUUGUGUUUGUGAAGUGUAUUCUAGGUGAACGAUCGCUGGUGACAGUCCCCUCCCUCCACUGUCAUUCAACUAUUAAGAUCAGUGCUGGGAAGUGGUCGGACUCUAGAAACAAUCAGGAUUAUGGCGGAGGCCCGGUCCAGAUCCUUGUGGGAAAACAUCCACAUUUUUUCGGUUCGGUCCUCUUACUCCAUGUACCAAUGUAG